CAUCCACUCUGUCUACUACCACGGCGACCUCGAGCCCACUAUCCUCAGCUGCUUGCGUUGGUCUACUUAAUUUAUUGCUCUGUUGUAUAGUACUUAGUCUCUGUAAAGUCGCUUCCAUCCAUGAAGUUCACCAAGCCAGCAUGGGUCAUUCAUAAAGAUUCUGCCAUGAAGGGCGAGCAGGAGAAGAGGGUGACCAUCUUCUCUGUGCAUGUCCAUCCAGACGGUUCGCGGAUAGCCACGGGCGGCCUCGACGCGAAGGUCCGCAUCUGGAGUACCAAGCCAAUCCUCAACGAAGCGUCCGAGGCGUCAGGAAGGCCCCCGAAGAGCUUAAGCACGCUCACAAUGCACACGGGACCUGUCCUUGUCGUACGAUGGGCGCAUUCGGGGCGGUGGCUAGCGAGUGGCAGCGACGACGAGAUUGUGAUGAUUUGGGACCUUGACCCUUCCGCCAAGGGCAAGGUUUGGGGCUCUGACGAAGUCAACUUUGAGGGAUGGAAGCCUCUCAAACGGCUGCCGGGGCACGAGAGUGAUGUCACGGAUAUGGCAUGGUCACCCGCAGACCGCUACCUCGCUACAGUCGGACUGGAUUCGUGUGUCUUAAUCUGGUGUGGCUACACCCUCGAACGUUUGCGACGAAUAGACCAGCACCAAGGGUUCGUCAAGGGCGUUUGCUGGGACCCUGUAGGAGAGUUCCUCGCGACGGGCUCUGACGAUCGCUCCGUUCGGAUAUGGAGGACGACCGACUGGCAGGUGGAGGCUGAGGUCCGAAAGCCGUUCGACCAUUCUCCGGGAACAUUCUUCAGGCGAUUGAGCUGGUCGCCCGACGGUGCACACAUUACAGCUUCGAAUGCCACGAACAAUGAGGGAUACGUUUUCAUCGCUGCCGUGAUCGCUCGCAAUACCUGGACCUCGGAGAUCAGCCUGGUGGGCCAUGAGAAUACUGUUGAAGUCGCCGCAUACAAUCCGCACAUAUUCCUUCGAGAUACGUCGCAGCCUGUCGUUGCGUCAAACAUCUGCUCUGUGGUUGCGCUAGGAGCGGACGAUCGCGCGGUAUCAGUAUGGCAGACCAAGUCGGCGCGGCCGCUGAUCGUCGCGAAGGAGGUCUUUGAGAGGCAAAUUAUGGACCUCAGCUGGUCGCAGGAUGGUCUCACGUUGUACGCCGUCUCUUCCGACGGCACGAUGGCCGUGUUCAGCUUCGACUCGGAGGAACUAGAAGGGAUCGCCCCCCAGUCCGCGCAGGAACAGUACCUCAAGAAGUUCGGCUUCAUCCCGCCACCUCUCCCCACCGGCUACGCUCACCAAGUGGCCCUCGAGGCCCAGCGGGCCGCGGGCAAUGCACGCAUGACGCCGCCGCCCUCGCCCGGGCGCUCCGAGGCCAAAUCGAUGCAGACGCAGACAGGGUUCGGCACGGCCGCGAACGGCGGGGAGCAGAUCAACCAGCUCGUCGCGAAGCGGAAGACGAAGAAGCGGAUCCAGCCGGGCUUCGUCGGCGCGUUGCCGGGCUCCGUGCCCUCUGCGGCGAACGUCCCCUCCGCGGGCGCGCCCACUGAGCAAGCUGGCCCGUCGUCCCGCCCGCCGGCGUCGCAGCAGCAACAGCGAGACGAUGCCGACCGCGACGUGGAUAUGUUCCCAGGCGACUGGAGCACGGACGUGCAGAUCGCCGCGCUCGAGACGGGCAGGGGCAAGCGGAAGACGCUGGAUGGCGUGGAUGACCGCGUCGCGACCAAGCCGCGGACGCUUGGUGGCGAUCGUGUGAGGGACAAUGUGCUCGUGCGGGAAGUUUCUGGGCCGGUCGGCGCUGGAGGAGGGUUGGGCCUGUGGGGCGAACAGAGCAGUGUGAUGGGCAGACUGCAGGUGCCGCCUGUGUUGACGUACAUCAAGGCGUCGGUCGAAGGCAGCGAAGAC